CUCUCCUCCGCUCAUCCCCCCCCCAUGCAGCCGCCUCGGUGGUCAGCGGGGCUCCAGCGGGACGCAAAAACCAAACUGCAGCUGAAGAACUGAGCCGUGGAACACAGACAGCGGAGUGUACUGGACCUCCUUCCCCCGGUUGGAACGGGCCCACGAGCCGAAGGCGUUGUCUGCACAGAUGAGGACGGUCUCGCACUCUGUGAAUGGACUAUAAGAUAAAGAGAUAGUGGAUUACAUUGUCGUUUACGGUCUCUUCACAAAUGACAACUUUAAGUUUAAAAGCCACAUAAACUAGCUCAUCAUGCUUUUGAAGUCAGGACUAUUCUUCAUUUUGUGUCUGUUUACCCUCCAAGCAAGUCGGAUCAAAGACCUACGCGAUCACGGUUUUUCCGGACUCAGGGAUGUGAAGUAUCGACACUUUCUAGAAGCCUCCAGGCCGAUCCGACACACCACUAAUGUCAGAGCGGAGCAGGACGGGCACCGGACCAAGAGGUCGGCGCUCUUCACCACGGGGGUCAAACUGUGUCCCCAGGAGACGGUGAAAGCCGUCAUCGGCAGCCAUCGGGCCUAUUACAAGCUCAGAGUCUGUCAGGAGGUGAUAUGGGAAGCCUUUCGGAUCUUCCUGGACCGAGUCCCAAACUCAGAGGAGUACAUCGCCUGGCUUCAUACCUGCCAGCAUGAAAACCUCUGCAUGGACGACCUGGCCCAGAACUUCAGUAGCUCUCAGGAGCAUCUGGACAUGGUGGCCCAAAGAGUAGCCGAGCAAGAUGAAAGUGAAGGGGUUAUCGCUGAAAUCACCGAGGCAGAAAGGGAUUGCACCUGGACACCUCCGCCGAUCCUGCUGCCGACCGAGAGUGAAGCGAUUCAGGAAGACCACAACAUGAUAAAAGAGAACUAUGAGGAGUACAUUGUUGAGUUCAGAGUCACCAUCGCUGAUCCGGCGUACAGCAAGCUGUUCAGUGACCCGACGGCCAAGUACAGUGACAUCAAACGGGAGCUCACAGAAAGGAUGGUUCGUGUGUUUGAAAAAGUUCCAGGAUUCAAAGAGAUUCGUGUGCUUGGAUUUCGCUCAGAGGAUGUGUCUGUGCGGUACGCCGUGGUCUUUAAUGGAGAAACGGAGCUCAACGACCAACCCGACGGUCUCGAGGGGCUUGAGAAGGACGAGGACGUACAUGCCCCUAAACUAAAGCACAUCAUCGUUAAGGCCUUAAAGCAGGAUCUGUCCCUGCCGCUGGACAUGCAGACACUGAGCUUCGAGACGGUGACCACGGUGUAUCCAGUGGCUGAGCUCGGCAUGGACCCCGUCCGGGGGCCCGGGGACGGCGCCACGCAGGCGCCGACAGCGGACUUGGAGAACUCUUUGGAAGCUUUUGGAACCAGGCCGGAAACACACACGUUUGUGCCUUUCAUACCCAACGUCGUCCCAGAAAUGAUUCCCACCGCCACCGACCAGACCCCUUUAGCGUCAUCGGCGGAGGGGGAGUCCACAGAGGAGUCAGGAGACAUUAAGAAACCUGAAGCAAAAGUGGAAGAAGGAGCAGAGCCAGAGCCGGGGGAGACGUCGGCAUUCGAUGGCGGAGGGGAGGCGCGGCCUGAGGGACGGGUGACACAAGAACCCGAACCAGUGGAUGGUGUCAGUGAGGAACGUCCAACGGGACGGAAUGAGGACCGUCCCUUGGCUGCCCCCGACUCCAAACCAGAAGAAGUACUUACCGAUGCAGCUAUUGAGGUUAACUUGGACCUACCCGGGUCUGCAGACCCCUCCGUUACUGAAUUUUCUGUCGUGGAAGCAAAAGCCCCAGUCCCUACGACACCUUCUCACGAGGAGUUCUUCCAAGGCCUUGAACCAGCGCCGGACGGGAGCGGACCCACGUCCUCCUCCGAGGAGAGCGGCAAAGCCCCCGAGGACAGGGACGAGUCCGGCGGAGGGCCCAGCGGAGCGGCCCCGGCUCCCACGGACUUGCCUCCGGAGAACGUUCAAGGCGACACGGGGUCAACUCUGAGCGGGGUCGAGGGCGAAGUGACGGAGUCUCUGGAAGACGAGAGCGGCAGCGGAUUUCCCUCCGAGUUCGACGAGCGGCCGCACGAGUCCACGGCCGCACCGGCCACGAGACCAGUCAGCACCCCCAUGAUGACCGCAGCGGACAAGGGGAAAGAAUUGGUGGUUUUCUUUAGCUUGAGGGUCACUAACAUGAUGUUUUCUGAUGGCCUGUUCAACAAGAGCUCCCCAGAGUAUAAAUCACUGGAGAAUACCUUUCUUGAGCUGACACAGCACUCUGGGUCCAGACACUCGCCAAAUCCUGGAGCUUCCAGUAAAUCUGGGCCUGGGAGGCAGAAGACUUUAGCUUCCAUACCGCUUCUCCCAUAUCUCCAAUCCAAUUUGACUGGAUUCAAGCAGCUGGAGAUCCUCAACUUCAGGAACGGCAGCGUUGUGGUGAACAGCAAAAUGAAACUGGACAAGCCGGUGCCGUACAACGUCACCGAAGCGGUUCACUGUGUGCUCGAAGACUUCUGCAACGCAGCGUCCAAGCGCCUCGACAUCGAGAUCGACAGCCGCUCGUUGGAAGUGGAACCAGGUGACCACGCGGACUCCUGCAGGUUCCUGGCCUGCAACGAGUUUUCUCGGUGCGUCGUGAACGGCUGGACACGGGAGGCAGAGUGUCUGUGCGACCCGGGUUACAGCGCCGCCGACGGGCUGCCGUGUCAGAGCACCUGCGCUCUGCAGCCGGACUACUGCCUGAACGGAGGCCUGUGUGAAAUAGUCCCAGGGCACGGAGCCGCCUGCAGAUGUCCUGUAGGUAAAUUCUGGCACUACCACGGCGAGCGCUGCAACGAGCUGGUGUCGAUGCCAGUGGACCCUCCGCUCAUUGUGACCUGCCUGCUGGGAAGCCUCUGCUUCGUUUUCGCCGUCAUCGGCAUUCUGAUGUUUGUUAACAAGAAAUGUAUAAAGACCAGAAAGGCGAUCACCUUGGUGCCUACCCUUGCUCCCUAUGCCUUUGAGAAUACUUUGAGGGUCAACCCCGUAUUUGAGAAUGAUGAUGGUGUCUUAACUCAAGUGUCCACAUUGCCAUACCCUUCAAGCUCUUCUUCUUCCCAAUCCCAACAGUCUGAACAAGAACAUUUUGCCUCAAUUGAAAAUAUACAUCUGAGUAUUGAGAUCCCCCGACAACUCUACACAACCAGAUCAGAAAAGUUAGUCUCAGAAAUGGUGGACUUCCAUCAGUGUAUACCACACAAUGAGCUCUAUGAUGCGUGCAAAGGUAAAACGUAUAUGCAUGAUGCCCCUGCUGGAAUUUAACUUACAAACCAAAUCAUAGCAUCUAAACAGUAGCUUCAAUAUGAUUGUGGGAAAAAGCAUUAACCACGAAUGAUUUUCAUGCUCAGUGUGAAUCGGUGCUCCUCCAAUGAAAGUCCCUCUCUUGAAUUUGAGGAUGUUAUUUGAUUCAUAAGAAGCAAACAUCCUGAAGAGCCACAAGGAUAUUCUUUCAUUCAUCGUAGUAUUCCAACGGAAAUAAGCCAUUUCUCAUUCUCUCUCUUGUCUCUUCUAGACAUGGCGACCGCAAACUGAAUACAGAACACGCCGUCUUUUAAGGGCAUCAGAUAACGAGUGUUUCGAAGUCAGCGUUCUUUGAUGGGACCGCGCUUGUGUGUGGAGCAGCUGACGCAGUGGCACGGUGCAUAACAGGAGGUAGCGGAGACUGUGUUUAACUUUAAAUGGAAGCGAUGGUAGGCAAGUCAAAAGGUGUUUAAAGUGUUGAAAUUAAUUGUUCAUAGUGAUCAAAGCGUCUUGUUAGACAGUGAGCUAUGGAUAUUAAAGUGGAAACUAAUAUUUAUUCUAUAUAUUGAAUGGUAGGGACAUUUCCUGGAUAGUCUUCACCAAAGGAUGUUCUUUCCUCACAAUGAGGUAUUUAUUAUUUACAACUUGAUACACUUAGUGGUAUCGUGAAUUUAGACUGUAAAAGCUAUAUUUGAACCGUAUAUCCCAAAAAGAGAAUGAAUGUAAAGGGCUGUUGAUUUGGGUCAUGACACAUUCAUUGUUCAUAUAAAUAUUGGUUGCUGAGCUCUCUGCCCUAUUCAAAAUAAUCUUCCAACUAAUCAUUUCUGUUUUGAUUUUUUUUUUUUUUUACACAUUUUGCAUUUAAACGCAAAAAAUAAAAUGUUUUUUUUGCA